AAAAAAAUGUUAUUAUUGCUGAUACAACAAAUGCGUUAGAACUAACUAUAUGGGAAUCUCAUUUUGAUCAAAUAGUAUUAGGUGAUUCUUAUCAUAUUCGUUUAUUAAAAAUACGUAUAUUUAAUGAUCAGAUAUCAUUAACUGCAACAGCAGAUACAUCAUUCAUAAAAAUUGAAGAUUUACAAGAAACCGUAAACGAAGUGGAUAAUAAUAUAAAUCGAUGUCAUACACUUCAAGGAAAAAUCAUAUCGAUUGAAAAAAAUAAUGAUCAAUUUGCAUGUCAAGGUUGUGGUGGUUUCAAUAUGAUUGAGUCUGCUAAUAUUAUUACAUGUAAUGAUUGUCAUUCUCGAUUAUUCAAAGAUACAAGUAUGAACGAUGACAAUCUGAAAAUCAUGAUAUUAACAUUAAAUAAUCAAGAAUAUAGUUUAAAAAUACCAAAAUCACUUAUAAUUAAUUUAUUAAACGUAGAUAAAACAUCUUCAAUACAAAAUACUGAUUUUUUUUACAAUGAAAAUAGUUUAAAUACUCUUCUUUCAACUGAUGUUCAAUUUACAUAUACUGAGAUUACUGGCCUUAUUACUGAUAUUGCAACAUAUAUCCAACAGUAA